CCGAGCCGUCCAAUCGGGGGCGAGGAGAGGCGCGCGUGCGCAGGAGGGAGCCCGCGUUCUCCUCAGGGCCUCCGGCGUCAUGUCGCAGAAGCAGAUCUACUAUUCCGACAAGUACGACGACGAGGAGUACGAGUACCGGCACGUGAUGCUGCCCAAGGACAUUGCGAAGCUGGUGCCCAAGACCCACCUGAUGUCGGAGUCGGAGUGGCGGAACCUGGGGGUCCAGCAGAGCCAGGGGUGGGUCCACUACAUGAUCCACGAACCAGAGCCCCACAUCCUGCUCUUCCGGAGGCCUCUGCCCAAGAAGCCUGAGAAGUGAUGCGGGCGGCCCCUUCCCCGCCAUCCGGAGACCAGCACCUUUCCAGCCACCGCCGCAUUCUUGUUUUCUGCCAAGAGUUUGAAAGACAGUUUUCAAAUGCCAAGAAGCACCGCCCCAGGGACGCCUGGCCCGGAACAAAGCCCUCCUUCGCCGCCGAGCGGUGGCCUGGCCGGACGGACGGGAGGACGGGGUGACGCUCCACCAGCCUCGCCGUGGGAGGCCCCGGCCUUCUCCCCACAGGAGGGCGCUGGCAAAGCUUUGGCCAACCCGGAAGCAAGUGCCACGUUUCUCUCUCUUCGUUAAAGUCUUUGUAAAUGUGCAUUUCUUCCUUUUCUCUGAACUUUCAAGGGUUUUUUUGGAAUUACUGUUUUGAAGGCUCUGUCAAUAAAGUUGUGAAUAAAGGUACACA